UUUACAGUAGUAACGUGACGUGUUGUUAAACCACGUCAACGUAGAGCAUACUUCAGUGUGAAAAUCCCCACAUAAAAUAGUUUUGUAUCAAAGAAAGUUUUAAGUCUUCAUGGAAGCUUUAUAUCACCAAACUAAUGCACUUAUUCAAGAAGUUCAAAGAGAUUUAGGUCGUCUGGAGAGGACCAGUGAAGACAAAGUUCAUACUGUGGAAAAUGAAAUACAAACUCAUCUGGACCAUGUUAUUGGUAACUGCGAGCGGCUGGAAAUACUGGUUAACAAAGAGCCGCCAACAAGGCGUGCAAACGCUAAGAUGAGGGUAGAUCAACUGAAAUAUGACUGUCAACACGUUCAAGCGGCUCUUAGGAACCUUCAGCACAAGAGGUACAUGAGGGCCCAAGAAGAACAAGAACGUGAGGCUCUUCUGUCACGCACCUUCACAACCAAUGACCAACAAGAUACCUCUAUCUAUAUUGACCCUGCAUUGCAGCAUCACUCACGAUUAACUAGUGCUCAUAAGCGAUUGGAUGAUUUUAUUGAACAUGGUUCAUCUAUGUUAAGUAACUUACGUAGUCAAGGCACAACACUUAAAGGUGUGCAUCGACGAAUUCUUGACAUUGCCAACACACUUGGACUCACUAACACUGUGAUGAGGCUUAUUGAGAGGAGAACUGCACAGGAUAAGAUCAUAUUAGUUGUUGGUAUGGUAGUGACUGUUAUUAUCAUGUAUCUAGUGUGGCAGUACUUCACCUAAAAAAUGGUUUGUGUCUGAAAAACCUUGAUGAAACAUCACAUCUCCCUUGGUUAUAGUCCAGUCUUUAUAAUUCUAACCAAAUAUUACAGAUUAAUUUCAGACAUGACUUUACUAAAUCAUUGUAUUGAUAAAACAGUCUCGCUUUUCAAUCAUUAAUUUAUGGACAGACUUUUUUAUGUCUAAAUAGCAUUACAUAGGUAAACAUUUCUAGAUUGAACAAUUAUUAUCUUAAAACUUGUAUUUCUAUUAAAAUGUAAAAACUGUCAUUCCAAACUUGUUAUAUUGUCAUGUACUGCCAUUUUUAUUAUGGAUAUUAAAGACAGUUAAAAG